AUGGCUCCCAAACUGGACGAUGUCGCCGAGUUCAAGGAUAAUGUCGCCGUUUCUGUCGCGCCCGACUUCUCAGCUGCGAACUCUACACUGGGCUUCCAGGCAAUCCUUGCACUAUCCCAAGGCACCAAAUGGCGAGUAGAUGGCCUGCACGCUGCAGCCAAAGCCGCCGGCAUCACCGUAACCGUACCGCAACAGCCCAAGUGGAGUGAACCUUUCAUCAAAGCAUUCAAGGAGUUUGGACCUGUCGAAGCACAUGGCGCAGCAAUGGCAUGGCUGGGCCACCUGGACCUGCUUAAAUUCGUCAUUCAAAACAACUGGGGCUCCGCUCUCGUCAUGGAAGACGACAUGGACUGGGACGUCGACGUUCGCAAACAAACACCGCCAAUCGCAAAGGCAGUUAGGGACUUGACAAAAGCAAAGAAGGGGGAUACAGGACCAUACGGAAAGAGCUGGGAUGUCAUGUGGCUGGGUCACUGCAGUGAUCCACCGCCCUUCAAGGACGAAGGCAAGAUCAUUACCUUCGCCGACAACACAACUGCGCCCCUUGAAAAGUAUCGCGGCCUGAACCCAAGAGUCAAGGAUGUGAUCAAGGAUGGCCAACGCAUCGUCCACUACUCCAUCAAUCCUGUCUGCACAUUCGCCUACGCUGUGUCUCACGAAGGCGCUCGCAAGCUACUCGCCCACGCCUCUCUUGGAACUGGCGGAGCCUUCGACUUGAUGCUCAUGCACGCCUGUCAGGACAAGGUCUUGAGAUGCGUCUCCGUCAAUCCUGAAGUCUUCGAUCCUUAUUUCCCAGCCGAGGGCGGCGCCAGUGAAGUCAGAGCUGGAGAUGCUGGUGUCGACUUUGACCAUGAAGUCGGUAAGGCCAUGGGUCACACGGACAAUACACUGAACAGCGCUCGCUGCUUUGCAAAAUUUGGUAAGACGUGUUUGGAGUAA